AUGCACGAGCGCGCUGUGCGGGCGCUGAGCUUGCCCGCGGGCUGCACGGGGCCGUAUGUGGGGCCCGGUUCCUACCGCGUGGGGCUGGAAAGGCGGCGAAGGGCAGAUAGCUAUGCUCCGUUUCUUUCUUUGACAAGUCGAGAUUUGACAUUUAUUGCUCAAAGUACAGAUGAUACUGUUCCAGGACCAGGACACUAUAAUAUUGCCAGAACGCAGAGAGCUGCAGAUGCUAUAAAAAUCUGCAGAAAGGUGGGUGGCCCUUCUAUUCCUUCUCCAUGUCAGGCUUUUGGAUAUGAGGAAGCUGAGGAUGGCACUCUUAUAAAACAAUACCCACCUCAGGGAGACCUAACGUUAGGCCCAGCUUACUAUCAGCCACUCUUUGAUGUUAAUUAUUCUACUCUGAAAUAUAAAGGAAUACAUUUUGGUAAUUUAACUGGAAGACGCUGUGAAUUUAAACCUCCAGAAGGGCCAGGACCUGGGCAAUAUGACUUAACUCAGGAAGUGGCACUGCGUUACGAAAAUGUCAACAUCAAAAAUGAAGACAAGAAAAGAUAUGACCUCUUUAUCCCACGGUAUCAUGAAGUAAUAGAAUUAAAGGAAGAAAAGAAGAGAUUUCUACCUGUGCGAUCAAUCACACCAGCUCCUGGCACAUACAGUGAACCACACAUGGCUCUUGAGUCCUCGAACAAAAUGUCGGGAAUGAAAAAGAUCCCAUUUGGUCAAACUGCUGUUCGAUUUACUCAAGACUCCAGGCUAGAAAAAACACCAGGCCCUGCAUUCUAUAACAUUCUGAACCAUAGUAUUGAAAAUCAAAGUUUAAAAAACAUAUAUUUGGCCUAUACAAAGAGAGUAGCUUUUGGAUCUUCAACUCCUCGGUGUUUACCUCUUUAUGAAAAGGAAGAAUUUUGUACUCCUGGUCCUGCUGAUUAUCAGGAAGUUCCACCACCAGGGUUCUAUGAGGUCCAAAAAUCCUACGAGAAAACACAUGGGAAAAGCCAAUUCAUGUCUCCCCGAACGACACUGGCUAGAAGAAAGCAAAGCUCCUUUCUUAGUGCAGCACCUAGAGACAGCUUACUUAUGGCUGACAAGGAUAUACCAGGUCCUGGAACAUACAAUCCUGUGAUGAGUUCAGCUUCCCACAUUUCUGCUUAUAUUUCCAAGGUGGAGCGUUUUAAGGAUCCAAAAGAGAAUACUCCUGGCCCUGGAGCAUAUCAGGAUGCCUUUUUGAAGGCUUUGUCAAACUCCAUUCCUCUCUGUGUAGUAGUACAGUAA